UAAAGGCCUCAGCCCGCGGUGCGCGGCCUCUUCCUGUCUGUGCCUGGUCGGCGCGUGGUUAACGCGGAACGAUCGAGACGACUCGGCCGUGCCUUCAGCUUCGCCGCCGCUGUAGCCUUGCUUCGCGGCGUACUGGGGACGUUGCUCGCGGUUACCUUGGUCUUUGCAGUUGUACUUUAUUUACGAUGACGGAGUGGGAAACAGCUGCGCCUGCAGUAGCAGAGACCCCCGACAUCAAGCUCUUUGGGAAGUGGAGCACCGACGACGUGCAGAUCAAUGACAUUUCUCUGCAGGAUUACAUUGCUGUCAAGGAGAAGUACGCCAAGUACCUGCCCCACAGCGCGGGCCGCUAUGCGGCCAAGCGCUUCCGCAAGGCACAGUGCCCCAUCGUGGAACGCCUCACCAACUCCAUGAUGAUGCACGGCCGCAACAAUGGCAAGAAGCUCAUGACCGUGCGCAUCGUCAAGCAUGCCUUCGAGAUCAUCCACCUGCUCACUGGCGAGAACCCCCUGCAGGUCCUGGUGAACGCCAUCAUCAACAGCGGCCCCCGGGAGGACUCCACCCGCAUUGGGCGAGCUGGAACAGUGAGGCGGCAGGCUGUGGACGUGUCCCCACUGCGCCGUGUGAAUCAGGCCAUUUGGCUGCUGUGCACCGGUGCCCGGGAGGCCGCCUUCCGGAACAUCAAGACUAUUGCCGAGUGCCUGGCGGAUGAGCUCAUCAAUGCAGCCAAGGGCUCCUCCAACUCCUACGCCAUCAAGAAGAAGGACGAGCUGGAGCGCGUGGCCAAGUCUAACCGCUGAUCCCUGGCUGCAGCUGCAAUAAACCUGUUUGCCCUGUGGG